AUGGCGAAUGUAGAAGAAAGGUUCACACUCUCGGACGAGCAAGUCGACCACUUCCUCCAACACGGAUGGCUCAAGCUGUCCGACUGCUUCAGUCAUAAACAAGCCGAAAGCCUCCAAGAGACAUUAUGGGUUCGACUGGGUAUGGAUCCGAACGACAAAUCAACGUGGCAUACUGAACGGACUAAUAUGCCCUUCUUCAACGAGUUCUUCGUCGCCGAAUUCGCGCCCAAAGCAUGGACUGGGAUAUGUAGUCUUCUCGGCGGGGCCGAACGUGUCGACUCCAACGCUUCAACCUGGAAGGACGGCUUCAUUGUCAAUCUCGGGACGCCUCAAGGCCAUAACAAAGUCAUCAAGCCUCAAGAACUUCAGGGCUGGCAUGUUGAUGGUGACUUCUUCGUUCACUACCUCGACAGUCCUGAACAGGGGUUAUUGGUUAUCCCACUUUGGACCGAUAUCGUACCCGGCGGGGGUGGCACAGUCAUCUGUCCUAGGGCGAUUUCAACGGUUGCCAAACAUUUGUAUGAUCACCCAGAGGGCGUGAGUCCUCGUAUGACGCCACGGGCGCAAAACCCAGCUUUCGAGCCCGAAGACGGGUUGAAAUGGUUCAACGAUCUCGCUGCGACGAUGCCGGAUGAGGCGUUUGUAGAAGUCACAGGUAGGGUGGGUGAUGUAUACUUAUUGCAUCCGCUUAUGUUGCACUCGGCCAGCAACAACCAGCUGAGGAAUGUGAGGGUUAUUACGAAUCCGCCAGUAUCAGUCAGGGAGCCAUUUUUGUUUGACCGGGCGGAUGGGAAGUAUAGUCUUGUGGAGAAAAAGACUUUAAGGGAAUUGGGGAAGGAGAGUUUAGAGGGAUGGAAGAUUACGGCUGAGAGAAAGGUGAUUGUUCCCGAGAGGAUCAGAAUACAGGAAAGAAUGAAGAGGGAGGAAGAGGAGAGGUUGAUGAGGCUGAAGGAGGAGGCGGGGAUGGAGCAGUCGAAGACCAAGGCAUAG